AGAGCUGUCAGGGCUCUUGUAAGUGUGGCGGUAACUUGGCCAAAUGAAAUAGCAAAAGAGGGUGGUGUAAGUGAGCUGUCCAAAGUCAUACUUCAAGCUGAUCCAUUACUCCCUCACGCCUUGUGGGAGUCUGCCGCAUCUGUGUUAUCUAGUAUUUUGCAGUUUAGUUCUGAGUUCUAUUUGGAAGUCCCUGUUGCGGUGUUGGUUAGGUUGCUUCGUUCAGGAACAGAGGCCACAGUUAUUGGUGCACUAAAUGCUCUUCUGGUGUUGGAGAGUGAUGACUCUACCAGUGCUGAAGCAAUGGCUGAAAGUGGGGCAAUUGAGGCUCUUCUAGACCUUCUUAGAAGUCAUCAAUGCGAGGAAACAGCUGCCAGACUACUUGAGGUGUUGCUGAACAAUGUCAAGAUCAGGGAAUCUAAAGCUACCAAAUCUGCUAUUGUACCAUUGUCUCAAUACCUUUUGGACCCGCAAACACAAGGUCAGCAGGCAAGGCUACUGGCAACCCUUGCUCUUGGUGACCUAUUCCAGAAUGAGGCACUUGCUCGAACAGCAGAUGCUGUUUCAGCCUGUCGGGCAUUAGUGAAUCUGCUUGAGGAUCAACCCACAGAAGAAAUGAAAGUAGUAGCUAUAUGUGCUUUACAAAACCUUGUGAUGUACAGCCGGUCAAAUAAAAGGGCUGUUGCUGAAGCUGGUGGUGUUCAGGUUGUGCUCGAUCUGAUUGGUUCCAGUGACCCUGAAACAUCAAUACAGGCAGCAAUGUUCAUUAAACUUCUUUUCUCUAACAAUACCAUUCAAGAAUAUGCUUCAAGUGAAACUGUGAGAGCUAUAACAGCUGCAAUUGAAAAAGACUUGUGGGCUACUGGCACAGUAAAUGAGGAGUAUCUGAAGGCUUUGAAUGCACUAUUUGGCAACUUCCCCCGUCUUAGAGCCACGGAACCUGCGACUCUAAGUAUUCCUCAUCUGGUCACCUCUCUUAAGACUGGCUCAGAGGCAACUCAAGAAGCUGCCUUGGAUGCUCUAUUUCUUCUCAGGCAAGCUUGGUCUGCAUGUCCAGCUGAAGUUUCUCGAGCGCAAUCUAUUGCUGCUGCAGAUGCAAUACCCCUUCUACAAUACUUGAUCCAAUCAGGGCCUCCACGGUUUCAGGAGAAAGCAGAAUUUUUACUGCAGUGUUUGCCUGGGACACUAGUGGUGAUAAUCAAGCGGGGAAACAAUAUGAGGCAAUCUGUUGGGAACCCGAGCGUAUACUGCAAGCUAACCCUUGGAAAUACUCCUCCUCGGCAAACCAAGGUUGUAUCAACCGGUCCUAAUCCAGAGUGGGACGAGAGCUUUGCAUGGUCCUUUGAAAGUCCACCCAAAGGCCAAAAGCUUCACAUUUCAUGCAAGAACAAGAGCAAAAUGGGGAAGAGCUCAUUCGGAAAGGUAACCAUCCAAAUCGACCGUGUAGUUAUGUUAGGUGCAGUGGCGGGCGAGUACACGCUGCUGCCUGAAAGCAAAAGUGGGCCUUCAAGGAACCUGGAAAUAGAGUUCCAGUGGUCUAACAAGUAGCAGCACAACUAAGGAAUUGUUGGCAAAUCUGCAGCAAAGUAAAUUUCAUACGCGAUUCACAGAGUUUUGGUCUAUUUGUUUUCCCCGUUAUACUUAUCGUGCUAGUGUAUAUAUAGUUUUGGCAAUCUUGUUAGCAGUUCUUCCAGUCGUGAAACGGCGUUUUCUUGAUGUAUUCUUUUGUAAUCUGAGUCAUUUUCCUUUUGAAACCCAUAUGGACUGAUUAUGGUUAGCUUCUUUCUAAUUUUUCUUUUGUAACUAUAUUUGUGCUAUUUUUGAAAAGUUGAGCAAGAAAUGAUUUGUGAUUCUGGAA